AUGUCGACUGGUGAUAAACGAUAUUUUCAACGUACAUUACAUUAUUUUCCAAGUAUUGAGAAUGAUGCAUCGCGAGUUACAUGGGCACAUGCUGUUAAUAGCCGACAACAACUUGAGGAAAGUCUUCAAAGUUCACUUAUGUUUAUUGAAGCCGAUAUUCUAAUCGGUUCAUCAUCGCCUGAUCCAAUCAUGGCUCAUCCACCAAAUAAAACCAGUGAUUUAACUUUUUCUGAAUUUCUCAAGCAAAUUAAAUCAUCAAGUAAAGGCCUCAAACUUGACUUUAAAGAUAUCAAUGCAUUGCAACCGUGCCUCGACGCGUUAGAAGCUCAAAAGGAUGAUAUUAACGGCCCAAUUAUUCUCAAUGCUGAUAUUGUUCGUGCUAAUCCACAAUGUGCACCACCUAUUGAUGCUCAACGUUUCCUAAGUGAAAGUCUUGCAUUUGCUUUUGGUGUCAUACCACAAUUAAUGAUAUCAUUUUCACUUGGAUGGACAACUAUUUACGAUAAAACAACAACAUCAUAUACGUGGUCAAGCGUGAUUAAUAUGUAUAGAACAAUAACACAGAAUGAUAAUUAUUCUCUAUUUAAUUUUGAGAUCACUUUUCCGAUUCGUCUUUCAUUAGCACUUAAAUCAUUUGAUCAACUUCAUUGGCUUGCAACAGUAACGAAGUCAGGUUUAACAUUUUGGUCGCCUAUUGGUGAAGUUGAAAAUACACCGGAAAAUUUAGCUCGUCUAUUGCAAUAUCGAACGUCGUUUAGUCGUUCGUUAAUCUAUUAUGAUUUGCCGCCGCCAUUGGAUGGAUUGAUAAAUGAAAAUUCCUAUACUCAAAAUGAACGAGAAGAUGAAAAAAAAAUCUUUCCUUCAAUGAAAGAUCAUUGGCAUACAAUAUCAGGUCAAGAAGAUAAUGUACUGGUAUCAGAUUUUAGUGCUGUUAUAUUGAAAUCAAAUGUAUUUUUACGUACCAAACAAACAUUUGAUUCAACAGUUGCUUGCACAUGGACAGGCACCAUUGAUUUUCUUACUGAUGCAUCAUCGCAAACACAAGCUGUCCUAUGUUAUUUAGCUGAAACUGAACAUACGUCAAAAGCAGGAAUGACAAUCACAAUAUCAAAAACAGGUUCUAUUGAAGUUGUCUAUGAAAAUUCUCAAGGUUCAUCACAAGUCGAUGAAAGCUUUGUUUUUCCAAGUUAUUCAUAUGCAUUUCGAAUUCAAGAUUCAAUAUCAACCAUUCAUAUUGAAAUUUCAUCACUUGACAUUGAAAAUCUCUCAUUAACAUCAUCGACGUCUUCAUCUGUUUCAACUUCUGUUCAAUUAACUGUUUUUCUUGAUACAGGUCGUCGUCGUAUCGUAUCAUCCGAUGAAAAUAAACAUUUUCAUGCUGCUGUUAUGGGACGAAAUAUUGAACAAAUGACAUCGACUGAGAAUAAUCCUACUGGUGGUAUGGUUUUUUCUCGUUUACGUCUUACACAAGAAUCAAUAUUUACGAAUUGA